AUGGCUACUCUCUCCCGCCAGCCCUUUGCACCUCUCGACGGAGCCCGCCUCCAGAACUUGGGUAGUCUGAAGAACCGCCAGAAUGCUCUUGCACAAGCUUCAAGCGCCAAGCGCAAGGCCGCUGAUGUAGUCGAGAGCGACGACUCCGAAAACAUCGACCCCUCCCUCUUCUCUAAACGAUCCAAAGCUUCAAGCGUCUCGUACCCUGCCAAGGAUCUCCUUAAGCCUACCGCCUACAUCCUGAAAGCUUCCACGCCUCUGAACCAGAGCUCGACCAUCCGCAGCUCCACCAAGGCCACCAGUUUGACGUCUACCCGUGCUCGUGCUCUGCUCCAGCCCAAGUCUCCAGCCGCAAAACUGAACACGGCCAUCGCCAAGUCCUCGCCCUUUUCCGCACCGGCUGGUCGCUCUCCGACGCGCAGUAAGCGUAGUGGCAUUUUGUCUAGCCGACGUCGGACUGCUGGGCCUUACACCCGUGUGGACCCGCCCCUCUUCAACCUCUCCGCCGCUGCUCCCUUCAGUCUCGAUGCUGCCCUCAAGGGCACUAUUCCCAGCUACGCCGCGCGUUCGCCCAUUGCUGCGCAGCCUCUGACUACACCCGUCGUCGCAUCGCCCAGAGCCUCGGUUACUAAAGAUCUUCUCGAGCCUGACAUGAAGGCAUCGUGGUUCUUCGAUAUUCACGAAGAUACCCCUGAGCAGGAGAUGACCAACAUGCUACAGCAUGGAACUUGUGUGCUCGACAUCAGUUCAGAUGAAGAGAGCGAAGUCAAGGCCACUCGCGAGCGCGCAGAAGGCCGCGACAAGGAGAAUGUGCCCCCCGCCGACGAUGUUAGUCAGACGACUGCACGCCAGAGCCGCAGCCAAGAAGACGAUAUGGUCAUCGAGAAGCAGAGGACAGCGCUGGGCGAGAUGGAUGCUGCUGCAUUUUAUGCUUUGGGUUGUGAUGAAAGCUCGGUCAUAUUUGUUCCCGCGGACGAAGAGCAAGAGGCCUCGGUACGAGGACCUAGCACAUUCGAGUUGUCUACGGAGCUGAAUGUCGAGUCAACGGAACUUGUCAUCGAGGUUUCAAAGGAAGUUAACGGAUUGAUGGAGAAGACGGGUACACUUGCUGCCAAGGCAGCUGUGCUUCAGCCAGUAGAGGGCACUGGCGAGAGCUUCGAGGUUUGGGAGAGCGAUAGCACGAAAGGCGACGACGUGGAAGCGGUGGCGACGGGAAAUUAA